UGAGUUCUUCUCUGGCGGCGCUCACUGCAGCCUCGCAGACGCAACUCGUUGCUCGCCGGUGUUGCGCGCACGACUUCAAAUCAUUCUCCACUCUCAUCGCGAUAUAAUCGCAGUUCCACAGUGCUACAAUCCCCUAUUCAACUGUAAAUCAAAGAUGGCUUCUUCAACUGCUGGUGAUAAUGAAAUGUUGGAGGAUGGGAUGUCUGCAAAGGACAUGAUCAACACUGGCAAUGGCAUCACAUAUAAUGACUUUAUUAUUUUGCCAGGAUACAUAGACUUUCCAGCUGAGCAAGUAGACUUGACAACACAACUAACAAAGAGAAUUGUCUUGAAAGCACCUCUUGUUUCAUCUCCAAUGGACACAGUGACUGAAUCUGACAUGGCUAUUGCUAUGGCUUUGUGUGGAGGUAUUGGUAUCAUUCAUCACAAUUGCUCUGCCGAGCAUCAAGCCAACGAAGUGCUCAAAGUGAAAAAAUACAAACACGGCUUCAUUUUGGACCCGGUUGUGCUUUCACCAACAAAUACAGUAGAAGACGUGCAAAACGUGAAAAAAACGCACGGAUUCUGCGGUAUUCCGAUCACAGAGUCUGGCAAACUAGGAGGAAAACUUGUCGGCAUCGUAACUUCAAGAGAUAUUGACUUUAUGGAAGGCAAAGAUAAUCAGAAUAAAAUUUUACUUCAAGAUGUGAUGACAACUAAAUUAGUCACAGGCCCAGCUGGUGUAACUCUUCCGCAAGCCAACGCUAUUUUAGAAGAGAGCAAAAAGGGUAAACUGCCAAUUGUCGACGAUAAAGGCAAUCUAGUCGCGUUGAUGGCGCGUACAGAUUUAAAGAAAGCGCGUAGUUAUCCGUACGCUGCCAAAGACGACAACAAACAACUCCUGGUCGGCGCUGCGAUUGGCACACGUGAUGAAGAUAAAGCCAGACUUGCGCUGCUCGCACAUGUUGGUGUGGAUGUGGUGGUUUUGGACUCGUCGCAGGGUAAUUCUGUGUUUCAGAUUGAGAUGAUUAAGUUCAUCAAGACUACUUAUCCUAAUCUUCAGGUUAUUGGUGGAAAUGUUGUGACGAUUAAGCAGGCUAAAAAUUUAAUCGAAGCCGGUGUUGAUGCGUUGCGUGUCGGCAUGGGAAGUGGUAGUAUUUGCAUCACACAAGAAGUAAUGGCUGUGGGGCGUCCGCAAGCGACUGCGGUUUAUAAAGUUUCCGAAUAUUCCGCACGUUUUGGCGUGCCUGUGAUUGCUGAUGGUGGAAUUGCUUCCAUUGGUCAUAUUACCAAGGCUUUAUCAUUGGGUGCAUCUUCAGUGAUGAUGGGUUCAAUGUUGGCUGGAACAACAGAAGCUCCCGGCGAGUACUUCUUUUCCGAUGGUGUAAGAUUGAAAAAAUACCGCGGAAUGGGAAGUUUGGAAGCCAUGGAUCGUAAAGAUGCAAAUGGCGCCGCCAUGAAUCGCUAUUUCCAUAACGAAAUGGAUAAACUUAAAGUCGCCCAAGGCGUGAGCGGUUCAAUCGUUGAUAAAGGUUCCGUUCUACGCUUUGUGCCAUAUCUACAGUGCGGUUUAAGACAUGGUUUCCAGGAUAUUGGGUCGAAAUCACUUAAUGGACUAAGAACAAUGAUGCAUUCUGGUGAACUUCGCUUCGAAUUGCGAUCGUAUUCGGCGCAACUCGAAGGCAACGUACACGGUCUCUUCAGCUACGAAAAACGACUGUUUUAAACAAUCAACAAACUGGACCAACAUGCCACCAACCGACGAAACCUGCUACCAUUCCUCUGAUUGCAUCAAGAAUAACUUUUUUUGUUUGACAGUUUUUUUUUCUUCAUUUCUUUUCUCCUUUACUCAUUUAUUUUUCCCCAUUUCCUUUCCUGACCAAAUAACACUAAUCUUAUCAUUAUUAAUAAUCUCUAGGGAAUUGUAUCAAAAUUUUUAAAGAAUUUGUUUAUUUUUUAUCGGUUUAUACUAAAUAACUACGAUUCUAAAUCGUACAUCGAUGUAAAAAACGUAAAUAUCUAUGUAUUAGGAAGCAACGACUUCAAAAACAAGAAAUAAUUGUAUGUACACAUUUCAUAAAAUGAAUUUUAUUAGAAAGAAGAAGAAUUCAGAGCUACACAUCUCGAAUGUAUCCAGCAAAUAUCGAUGAGUGAAGAGUGAAACAAAACGAAAAGAUGAAAUAUAUUUGUUUAUAUAGUA